AUGAAUCGCCCACUCAUCCGCAUCACCUCCGCCACCUUCCACCGCACCCCCACCUCCCCCGCCCUCUUCCCCAACCUCACCCUCACCCUCCCGCCCCUCACCACCUCCCCGCCCACGCAGAAAUGGACCAUCCUCGGCCCCAGCAAGACCCUCCUCCUCUCCAUCCUCUCGGGCACACACACGCCUCUCUCCCCGCAGUCCCGCACCUACCCUGCGCUCGCCGCCCACGCCAAAUGGCCGCAGGACGCCAUUGGGCUCGUCUCGUUCGGCGCGGGCGCUCGCACGGGCAUGCUGGCGGGCAGCACGGGCGGCGAGGGCUAUGCGGCAUCGAGGUAUGAGUCGCUGCGGGAGGAGUUUGAUCUUACGCUGCAGCAGUGGCUGGAGGGGUCGGUGGAGGUGGGGCGGAACCCGUACGAGAAUGCUGCGGGGGUGGAGGUGGAGGAGGCGGAGAGGAGGAGGGGGGCGGCAGUGAGGGAAGUGGCGGAGAGGUUGCAGUUGGGGGCGCUGCUGGAUCAGAGUGUCAUGACGCUGUCGAACGGGCAGGCGAGAAGGGCGAGGAUUGCGCAGGCGCUGUUGAGGCGGCCGGAGGUGCUGCUGGUGGAUGAGCCGUUUAUGGGCCUCGACCCAAUCGCAAAGCGCAAGAUCUCAUCACUCCUCGACAGCAUCUCCCGCCCCGGCGUCCCCUUCGCAGCCCAGGUCGUAUGCGGUCUCCGCCUCCAAGACGCAGUGCCGAAAUGGAGCACGCACCUCGCCUACGUGGCCGACAACCAGGUGCACGCUAUUGGCGAGAAGGGCGCUGUCGUCGAGGCGAUGGCGCGGAAGGGCCUCAAGAUCCUGCAGGAGGGCGAGGGGCAGGGGGGGCUGCUGGAGAAGGUUUGGGCGGGUGUGGAUGUGGAGGAUGGAGGCAAAGAGGGAGGGAAGGAGGGAGUUAAGGAGAAGAAAGAAGAGGUGAGGGAGGAGGACCUGCCGGAGAAGCUGAUUGAGAUGAGGGAUGUGCGGAUUGCAUAUUAUGGGAAGGAGAUCUUGAAGGACUUUUCGUGGACGAUUCGGAGAGGGGAGAAGUGGGGGCUGUUUGGGCCGAAUGGCUCCGGCAAAACAACCCUAACAUCCCUCAUCACCUCCGACCACCCACAAACCUACUCCCUCCCUAUCACCCACUUCGGCAAGUCCCGCCUUCCCACGCCCGGCGUCCCCGGCGUCCCCGUCUCCGAGCUCCAACGCCGCAUAGGUCACUCCUCGCCCGAGAUCCACGCAUUCUUCCCCCGCUACCUGUCGCUGCGGCGCGCGGUGCUGAGCGGGUAUGCCGACGCGCCACUUACCACCCCCGUACUCACGCCCGCACAGCAGGAGGAAGCCGAGCGCAAGAUGCGUGAGUUUGAUGACGUCGUGGGGGGUAAGGAGGGGUGGGAGGGGGCGUUUGGGGAUGCGGGGCUGAGUGUACAGCGGUUGGUGUUGUUCCUCAGAGCGGUGGUACCGAAAAGGGAUGUGUUGGUGAUGGAUGAGGCGUUUUCGGGGAUGGAGGCGGGGGUGCGGGAUCGGUGUUUGAGGGUGCUGGAGGAGAUGGAGGGCGUGGCGGUCGUGGUGGUGACUCAUGAUGGUGGAGAGCUGCCGAGGGGGGUUAGCAAGUGGGUGAGGUUGGCGGAGGUGGGGGGGAAGGCGAUGUUUGGUGUUGUUGAGGAGUAG